CUCAGAACAGAACACACAGACAAAAAAACAAAUACAUUUAAACUGAUCGGUCGACUGCGAUUCUCCUCCGGAGGUUUCAGAGCUGAAGGAAGCAAGCAAGCAAUCAGCCCAUCAAUCAUGUCGCUGAGGCCCAACGCGAGGACGGAGGUCCGCCGGAACAGGUACAAGGUCGCCGUCGACGCCGAUGAGGGGCGGCGGCGGAGGGAGGACAACCUGGUGGAGAUCCGCAAGAGCAAGCGCGAGGAGAGCUUGCUGAAGAAGCGCCGCGAGGGCCUCCAGGCCCAGCAGUUCCCCAGCGCCGCUGCCGUCCUUGCCUCCAACAUGGAGAAGAAGCUGGAGAGUCUUCCACAGAUGGUUACUGGUGUCUGGUCAGACGACGGCCCUAUGCAACUGGAGGCAACGACGCAAUUCAGAAAACUGCUCUCAAUUGAGAGGAGUCCUCCCAUUGAGGAAGUUAUACAGUCUGGUGUUGUUCCUCGGUUCGUUGAGUUUCUAAUGAGAGAAGAUUUUCCGCAGCUUCAGUUUGAAGCAGCAUGGGCUCUCACAAAUAUUGCAUCUGGCACAUCCGAAAAUACUAAGGUUGUAAUUGACUCGGGGGCAGUCCCAAUAUUUGUGAAGCUGCUGGCCUCGCCGAGUGAUGAUGUCCGCGAACAGGCUGUGUGGGCUUUGGGAAAUGUUGCUGGUGACUCGCCCAGGUGCCGUGAUCUAGUUCUCAAUCACGGAGCUUUGAUUCCUUUGCUUGCUCAGUUGAAUGAGCAUGCCAAGCUCUCGAUGUUGAGGAAUGCCACAUGGACUCUUUCAAACUUCUGUAGAGGAAAGCCACAGCCUCCAUUUGAACAGGUGAGGCCGGCACUCCCAGCUCUGGAGCGUCUUGUGCAUUCAAAUGAUGAGGAAGUACUGACAGAUGCCUGUUGGGCGCUUUCGUACCUUUCUGAUGGUACAAAUGAUAAAAUCCAAGCUGUCAUUGAUGCCGGUGUCUGUCCUCGAUUGGUCCUGCUCCUUGCUCAUCCUUCCCCUUCUGUUCUCAUUCCUGCACUUCGCACGGUCGGAAAUAUUGUUACUGGAGAUGAUUUCCAGACCCAGUGUAUAAUUAAUACUGGUGCAUUGCCGAGCCUUUUGAGCCUGUUAACACACAAUCACAAAAAGAGCAUCAAGAAAGAAGCAUGUUGGACCAUCUCGAAUAUCACUGCUGGUAACAGGGACCAGAUACAGGCUGUGAUAGAAGCUGGUCUGAUUACCCCUCUUGUUAAUCUACUUCAAAAUGCUGAGUUUGAUAUAAAGAAGGAGGCUGCAUGGGCAAUAUCCAAUGCCACCUCUGGAGGCACCCAUGAUCAAAUCAAGUAUCUGGUGAGCCAAGGAUGUAUCAAACCACUAUGCGAUCUCCUCAUAUGCCCCGAUCCAAGGAUUGUGACGGUCUGUCUAGAGGGACUGGAAAACAUCCUAAAGAUUGGCGAGGCAGAGAAGGCUCAGGGAACCAGCGGGGAUGUCAAUGUUUGUGCCCAGAUGAUUGAUGAUGCUGAGGGCCUAGAGAAGAUUGAGAAUCUGCAGAGUCAUGACAACAACGAGAUAUACGAAAAGGCAGUGAAGAUUCUCGAGACUUAUUGGAUGGAGGAAGAGGAUGAGACCUUGCCUCCAGGUGAUAAUGCACAAGGUGGAUUCCAGUUUGGAGGAGGCGAGCUUCCAGUUCCAUCGGGUGGUUUCAACUUCAGUUGAAAGACUGCAGGAGUAUGAGGAUUCAAUGGGGGGGAAGUCUUGCACUGACGACGUCGGGUCUGUUUGGGAGGGUCAAAGUCAGGUCUGGAUCAAGGUCAGGUCCUGGGUCAGUUAAGGUCAACAAGAAGCGAUCGGAGCAGGCCAUUUUCUACAAGAACGUCAGAGCUAAGUGGGACAGUCGGUAUAUGGGUAUUGUCUCAAGUCCGGGCCAAUGAAGUCGACUAUUUGUUCGAGUCUCCAAGAUGUCUUUGAAGGGUCAUUGAUGUCCAAGUCCCAGUUCUAUUUUACACAGAUGUGCUGGUGGGGGGGAGGGGGGUAAAUUCGAGUCAAAACGAGUUAAGUCUUUCUAUUUGUUUGUGGAGUCCUUUCCAGAAUCUAAAUUUUUACAGGGGGGGUCUGUCUUCUUUUAUUGCUUUUGUCUAGUAAUUGUGGUAGUUGCUGCAGGGUGUUGAUUAUUUUUAAGCCCUUGUUUCCCGGGUCGGGAUCGAGUACAGUGGCACAAGACCAUGCGCAUUAGCGAAAAACGAUAAUUGUAGAGUGGUUUUGUCUUUUCCCCUUUGCAUCGCUUGUAAAUUACAUUUCAUUCUAUUCCGUUCUUUCGACUCA